CACGUGAACAUCCGGGUACUCAGUCUGCGUAAUUCUACCUAAAACCUGCGGAUUAGCAGCUGUAAAAUUAAACUUUCAUCCCUUUUUUUAAAGGUUUUCUACCCAGCAGUGAAUUUCUCCACAAGUCGAAGCGAAAAUGUAACCGAAAUCCUCGAGUUUGAGAGAUGUAAAACGGAAAUAGAGGUCGAAUAAGCAGACAUAAUAAUAAAAGCACGUUUCGGAAACGUGACGGGAGACACCAUUAUACAACGGCUGACCAAUCGGAGCACCGCGUUCCUUCGUGCGUGUUCGUGAGGGCGGAGAUGUUGACGGGGACAUCUUGCGUGGUCGUGUUGUCAGCGUGGUCAAACAUGCCGUUUUUACCGUUUGACUGAGUUCUGUUUAAGCUGGUGAAUAUUAAUCGUAGAGACAGUAGUAGCGCUGUUUGGUUGAGUUUUAUUAGCAGUCUCGUGUCCCAGGAUGUAAAAUAAACCCCUUUCGCGUCGCUGCUGCUUGAAAUUUUGCGUUGUUGCUCGUUUUUUGGGGGGUAAACGUUUUCACUUCAUCGCUGCCUUGACCAGAUUUCACAGAACUUCAAAUGGAGCUCGGACAAACCUUCGACACCGCCUGAAAAGAGCUGAGCUGCGUGACUUUCUGUUUGACAACCCCGGAGACUGUUGUUGUUGUUUUGGAGAGGGGGGGAUCCCGCCUUCUUUUUGCCAUUUUACACAUUAAGAACAGACGACGACAUCAUGGUGGUCAACACCAUCCACUGGUUCAGGAAGGGACUACGGCUGCACGACAACCCAGCCCUGAGGGACUCCAUCCGGGGAGCAGACACCCUGCGCUGCGUCUACAUCCUGGACCCCUGGUUCGCAGGCUCCUCCAGUGUGGGCAUCAACAGAUGGAGGUUUUUGCUGCAGUGUUUAGAGGAUCUGGAUGCAAGUCUGCGCAAACUCAACUCCCGUUUGUUUGUCAUCAGAGGCCAGCCGACAGAUGUCUUCCCUCGUCUUUUUAAGGAGUGGCAGAUUACACGUUUAUCUUAUGAAUAUGACUCUGAGCCAUUUGGUAAGGAGCGUGACGCUGCCAUCCAAAAACUUGCCAGUGAGGCGGGUGUAGAGGUGAUGGUUCGGAUUUCACACACACUCUAUGACCUGGAAAAGAUUAUAGAAUUCAACGGAGGUCAGUCCCCCCUCACGUACAAGCGUUUCCAGGCACUUAUCAACCGAAUGGAUGCUGUGGAGCCCCCAGCAGAGACAAUCACAUCUGAAAUCAUUAAAAACUGCAUCACUCCCAUCCAAAAUAACCAUGACGACAAGUUUGGAGUUCCUUCCUUGAAAGAGCUUGGUUUUGAGACAGACGGACUCAUCACAGCAGCGUGGCCAGGUGGAGAAACAGAAGCUCUCGUGAGACUGGAGCGACAUCUGGAGAGGAAGGCAUGGGUGGCAAACUUUGAGCGUCCACGUAUGAACGCCAACUCCCUGCUGGCCAGUCCGACGGGCCUCAGCCCUUAUUUACGCUUUGGAUGUCUCUCCUGCCGUCUCUUCUACUUCAGACUUACCGAUCUUUAUAGCAAGGUCAAGAAGAACGGCUCCCCGCCACUGUCUCUGUACGGCCAGCUGUUGUGGAGGGAAUUCUUCUAUACAACAGCCACCAACAAUUCCUGCUUUGACAAGAUGGAGGGGAACCCUGUGUGUGUCCAGAUCCCCUGGGACCGAAACCCCGAGGCGCUGGCCAAGUGGGCGGAGGGCCUGACGGGUUACCCAUGGAUCGAUGCCAUUAUGACCCAGCUGAGGCAGGAGGGCUGGAUCCAUCAUUUGGCUCGGCACGCUGUGGCUUGUUUUCUCACCAGGGGAGACCUCUGGAUCAGCUGGGAAGAAGGCAUGAAGGUUUUUGAAGAGUUGUUGCUGGAUGCAGACUGGAGUGUAAAUGCUGGCAGCUGGAUGUGGCUCUCCUGCAGUUCAUUCUUCCAGCAGUUUUUUCACUGCUACUGCCCUGUGGGCUUUGGCCGACGCACAGACCCCAGUGGAGACUACAUACGGCGUUAUUUACCUGCACUGAGGGCUUUUCCUGCCAAAUACAUUUAUGAUCCUUGGAACGCCCCCCAGGAAGUGCAGAAGGCGUCCAAGUGUAUCAUAGGAACCCACUACCCUAAACCCAUGGUGAACCACGCUGAGGUCAGCCGCAUCAACGUCGAGAGGAUGAAGCAGAUUUACCAGCAGCUUUCCUGCCACAGAGGACUGGGCCUGCUUGCAACAGUACCAGUAAAUGUCAGCAGCAGUGUGAGCGUCAGUAAAGUUGGAGAAGGCACCACAGGUCCAGGUCAAAGAGGAUCCUCUGAAGACUUCUCCAUGAAGGAGGGGACAUCUCAAACAGAAAGAAGGCGGUCCACUCAAAAGCGUCAUCACGAAGACACCGUACCUGAAAGCGGCUUUAAAUUCUGGAAGCAAAGUGAAUAGAGAGGUCAAAGGAGAAUACCAAGGGUCCCUCGGUGGGUUUGUGUUGUGACCAGAGUCUUCUGCGAACAACCUUCAACCUGGGAAACCAUGUGGGACAAGAUGAGUUGGUUCUACACAGUACUUUUGACUUUUCUGUCAAGUUGUUGGGGCUAAAAGAGCAAAACCUCAACUUGAUAGUUUUAUGGGUUUAAUACAAAGGAAAAGAGGUGGGGGUAAGUUUUGUCUCUGAGACAUAAUGAUCACAUCAGGUGUAAAGUUAAGCAUGCAUCAUGAAUUGAUAGUUUGGUGUAAUGAUGAUGGUGAGUCUGUAUGACAAUCAGCAGGCUGCAAGGUUC